GUAUUAGUUUUUCAAUGUAGUUUCCUAACCAACUCCUGUUGUGUAGCAGUAGGAGGUUGAGUCAACAUUUCAUGCCUUUACUCGGAGAUUCGGUUGGAUGACGCAGCAUAUACCUUGCCGAGGUGAUCAUGAGAAGAUUUCGCACUAUGGUUCCUGUUGCGAAAAAGUCGAUUCAUCUUAUCGAUCGACAAGUAAUGAAUCUAUCGACAAAAAAGUGCGUUCGCCAUGCUAAAAAGAACGGAAAAUUCAUCUCUUGUCGAUCGAUUGCGUUUUUCGCAAUAGGGAAAAGUCUGCUUCGAAUGUAUGAUAAGUUCUCUUCCAAGAUGUUAGCUGGCCAAAAGUUUAAAACGUAAAUUGAACCAUUAAGCAUGAAUGAGUAAGAGAAGGGGGGAGGGCGAACUAAAAUAUUAGAAUUUAGGUUAUAAUUGAGGGAGCUCCCCCCCUCAUCGACCGAAAUUCUCCGAGCAGGCAUGAACGAGAGUAGCGCAACUGUCAGAUCCAGCUGAUCCGACGCCGAUACGAUUUGUUUGUAAACAAAGGUUGUUGGCUAAUUUUCGGUUUCGUGUUCAGCAAAGUAAAGUGGGUUUUAACGUCGGAUUUUUGAUAUAAACAUACGGCUCGCCCGUCAUUAUAUAUGUUAAAAAAAACGUCGGAUUUUUGAUGAUCCAGAUAGUUUUACAAUGAUCGAACAGCUAAUCUAUCGAUUGUGUAAUAUGUUUUCGGCUGUAUCGCAGAUGCACCAACACUUCACAACCAACGUUGGUUAAUUGUUGUGCAUGUUAUUAAGGCUGAGUGAGGCCUGGCACUGUCUUGAAGACAGAACCUAUCUUCUUUUGAAUCUAGGGGUGUCUUCCUUAUUAGAGUUUGUAUAGAAGAAUUGGAAUUCCAUAAUUCAGUGAUUACUUGAUCGUUCGAGAGAAAUAGUGAAAUUGAUCUCAAAACAUUGUCAAAAGGGAGCAAGAAUAAGCGCCGUAAUGCAAAAAUGAAGUUCAAGUGACCUUAUAGUCCUCACAUUGCUGCCUACCUUCGCAAAUUAUUAUACUUCUGAUUGUAUUCGUGCAUCUUUGGCAUAUAAAAGAGUCUAUACCGCGAUUCGUAAUUCAAUUAAUCUUUUCUUGAACCGCAUGAAUCCCUCUGUCAUCUGCCUUCGUGAAAAUAGCAUGGUCCUUAUCGAAAUUUUUCACCCGGAAUCAAAGUUGCUAGGAAUCUAAUCUAAUGGAAAAAUCGUCAAUACUUUUCGAAUUGCCCAAUAUUACACGAGAAAGGAAAAUGACAGGAUAGUUUGUAAGGAAACUCAAAUCAUGUUCCCAUCUCAACAUGGUGGGUCCUUUAGGAUUAUAUGAAGACACAUUGCGCAUGUCGACAGCACCAUAUCAUACUGGAUGACAGUUGCAGGCUCGACACUGCGGAGGGGUUUCCUGUUUUCUUGCUAACCCGCCUGUGUGUAAACUGUGCUCGCUCACGCUCUUAGGUAUAUUGCAUUUUUAUGGCUUGGCCUUGUGAAAGGGGUAGUCAUGACAUUGAGCGUCGUGACGUUGUGGUCAAUGGGUAAAAUAUGUAAAAGUGCACCCAGUUCCGGCCUAGUUCCGUAUGCCUAUGGAACGUAUUAAAGUUGCAUAUACCUGUGACUGAGUGGUCUGAGGUGCUACUAUACAGAAAAAGAUAAACUAAUGUCAGUGUCGUCAUUUGGUCAUCAGCUUUCGUGAGUCCAGGAAACAUUUUGAGUCGUUCAAAGCAUUAACAGCACUUUGGUCUACACAUAUUCUACCGUUUAUAUGCGCGGCGUCACAACGUGCAUAUAUGUGUCGGGUCAUCGUUUUAGAGGCAGUUAGCCUUUAAAAAUUGUAUAAAACUUUGUCAAUCCUUGGCUAGCAUUAAAAGAGUGUCAGUGUGUUUGUGCAUGCAUACAAGGCACCGGAUUACUGGUAUAGGAUUCAACUGAGAACGCUCUUUAUAUACACACGGCCAGGAAAGAAAUUUCUCUGUAAAUUUAACUUCCUCUAUCAACUCCCAUCCAUCGUGACGUUCGUCGCUUAUCACUCGCCUUAGGAUGAGUGGAUUGGCAAAGGAAGCUCUCGACGAGCAGGUCUUCGACGAAAGCUCACAGUACAUGCUGGAUGAUUUACAACUUGCUGCCGAGCUGGGUAAAACGCUCCUGGAGCGAAACAAGGAAUUGGAGGCAACAGUAAAGUAUCAUCAACAUGUCAUCGAGGAUAAAAUGCAAGAAAUAGAGUAUCUGACUAAACAGAAUGGCGCACUGCGAGAGGUGAACGAUUCGCGCAUGAAAAUAUACGAGCAGCUGGAAGUGAGCAUCCAAGAUCUAGAGCGGGAUAAAUAUAAACUUGCAUUAGAUUACAAGGCAGAAAAGAAAAUAACUAAGCAAUUGCACAGCACUAUCGAAAGCCUUGAAACCAAAGUAGAGGAGCUGACUCGAACGCUGGUGGAUGAAAGGCGCCAAGCCGAUAUUGAACGACGUUAUAUAGCGAAACAACAAGCAGCAGCACCCGCGAGCAAUGAUAUCGUAGAGCUUACUUCGUUACCGUCUCCGACGAGUGCGACUAGCGAGCAGGAAAGGCCAUCUGGGACAGUCCAAGAUGUACAAGAGUUGCAUCAUAAUGAUGAUACAGACGAAGAAUUAAUACGGGUUAUUCUGUUGCUCGAGCGUACCCAAAAGAGCUUUGCGCAGGAGCGGGAUAAAGUGUCAGAAUUGGAAGAACAGCUAAUGGUUAUCACACAAGAGAACCAAGCGCUUCAAAAAAAACUUUCUCAAAAGACCAACAACGACGAAGUAAAACCAGUACAUCAAGAGCUUUCUCUUCUAGAUGAAUUGAAGCAGGGACAGAUGUGCACGAACUGUUUACGUGACCUCGCCGAUCGUCGCGACGAGAAUUCUAUCAUCAGUGCGAACGAUGAAGACGAUCGCAGUCUCUACAAUCUGAUCGAAGCGUCCGAAGCACCAAAGAAUUACUGUUCGACGGUCUAUAUAAAGCUUUCCACCCCCGAGUCAAAUGGAGGAAAAAUACAAACUGAUGGUGGAUGCGUCGCGAAUAAUCCUUAUCGGGAGCUCAUAGAGAAAUACGAAGCAUUGCUCGAGGUACAUCGGAAGCCAAUUCAGUCACUAGACAGUAAGACGGCAUCUGGUUCCGGAAACAAUACACCAGUUGAAAGCUGUCAACCUCAAGAGCUUAGUAAACGUUCCGGGUUUGGAAAUGAUUCCCACUACCUUAUUGGCUUCAAUCCACCAGUGACGAGUGAGCGAACGAACGACAACCAGCUGCAUGGUACUGCAUCAGCGACAGCUACCGGUCCGACUCGGUCGAUGGUAAUAGUCUCAUCCGACAACCACUACCGCCCGGAGACGGCUAGUUCUGGCUACUUAGAUGAUGUGUGCAAUAAGGCUACACAGACGGAUGAGAGCUCACGCAAUUUCCUCUGCACAAUUGCAGAUGGCAUGGAUCGAUUCAGUAUCUAUGAAGAUCAGAGUGCGAUCGAUUCACGUUUUCGUUUUAGUCCGGCACAUCGUGAACUAUUCCGUGAAAUUUUCAGUGUGCUAAAGAAAGCGGCCGAAAACCGGGAGGGUGGUGAACAGUUGCCGCUGCUAGAUGACACGAAAUCGGAUGCCAUCGGUAUGGGUUCUGUGGUAGAGCCAGUUACACCAAUAAACGAAAUGCCGCCGACCGACUUCGGCGAAGAUGAUACAGCCAGUUUUGUCACAACAUCAUCCGCCAUCAGUGAACAGUCUUUUGCUAUAUCUGAGUGCAUCACACGAUCUGAGCGACAAAAAAGGGUACGCAAACAAGCGUCGGCAAUUGCAGCAGCACGUCAGGGCUCAGCAGUUUUGCAAAAAGAAAGCGAUAUUAGCUCCAAGCCAGUAACUAAUGCUGGGAAUGGAGGUGUCUCUUAUGCUACGCCACCAAGCGUUGACCGAACCGGUACACUGCAACAAUCGUAUGAGCCGCUUGAAUAUCUCUCCGGGCGGAAGCGUAAAUCACAUCGUCGAAGCAGCAAUCGUACUCAUGCGACUCCCGGAAAUAAAGUGUCUGAAACUGGGGAACAGCAGCACCGACCAUCAACACCACAAACACCUCGUGGUAAAGGAAGCCGGAGGAAUCGCUAUCGGCCCUGGAAUCCGGACAUUCAUGGUUCGUUCGGUAGCAACAGGGUCCCGUUGCCACGAGUCAAUGAUGAUAUACGCCCAGUAAACCUCAGAUGGGAUGGCAGUUCGUUACCGGUUCCCAAUCGCUCACCAACAGUAUCCUCAAUGUCACCGUCAGUUGAAGGCGCCAAUUCAACAAACACGAUGAAAUCGAAAUCAGGAGUAUCAACCAUUAACCGGUAUGCCGAAUUGGCGGACGACGCUAGUGACAUCGUCGAACUUGUGCCCUCGACCGCCUCACAGCGGCUACACAUGCUACAUGAGCUCGAUCUAUCCUACGCCGAAGUACUCAGGCGGGCAAAUACUCGCCAGCCAUAUAACGUCCGGCGCCCAAAGCAAAAUUAAUGGUAGGACAACUAUGCGCUUCACUCUGCUUGCUAUUUUGGAUGUUAGUAGCUGUGCCAUGACACAAGACUAUCUCUUUCGCUCUUCUCGCAGCAAUCUCAACUGAAUAAACAUACAGAUUC